GUACUUGCUUACUUAAGCCGCAUACAUAUAUGUAGCACACCCAACAACCUGUGGCUGUUGACCAUCCAUCAUCAUCAGAUCCCAACCUCAUCUUCAUCUUCUCCCAUCCAAACAAUCCACUUCCUCAAGAACUCAAGCAACAUCUCCCAAAAAAUUAUGCCAUCCAACCAGGCCCAGAAAAGGACUCGAUUACCACUCACCCCAUCCCACCAUCAGGCUAUAACCAACACCAACAUCCAGCAGAAUAUCAAUCAGCACUCCAUCAGCACCAUCAGCCAACCUGCAAACUCACUUCCAACCCUUCGCAAGAAGAAAUCUAAACUCAUCCAUUCUCUUCAAGCCCUCAAGCCUGCUGGACAGACCCAAAAUACCAAAGACUCGUCCGAAAACGCCCAAGCUCCUCUUCUCAUCAGUCUCACCCCUCACUCUGCUGCUAAUCCCCCCACCAAGGGAAAAGCUAAGAAGACUAUGGACAAACCGCUACUGUCUACCACCAAUGACCAUCCUUCAGGACCCCUCUUACCCAUUCAGCGACAAUUCCAGCUCGUUGGCAAUCAAAUAUUCGAAUACGUUCGUCUUUUAACACCGGACGCACAUCUGAUGAACGAAAGAUCAAAACUAGUGCACUUCAUCUCGCAGGUCAUCAAUCGUUCCAAGCUCGGAAAAAGGCCACCCGGUUCACAGCCCUACACGCUCCAAGUAUUUGGCUCGAUCAGCUUCGGAUUAGAUUCGAUAGAUUCCGACUUAGACAUCUGUAUCCUCGAUCCAGACCGACCCCAGGGACUCGAUGAGGCAGACUGCAGCACUCCGAAGGCAUUGCCCAAGGUCUACAACGUCAAACUACUCUCACACAUCUUCAACUAUGCCCAGUUCAUCGACGUCAGGCCGAUCCCGUUGGCCAAGACACCGAUCCUCAAAUUCCGCAGCCCAAACGGCCUCUUCUCUGUCGACCUCAACUGCAACAAUCUCUUGGGCUGUCGGAACUCCAAGUUGAUCAAAGCCUAUCACGACCUCUCUUCUCCCCUGAUCUUCAGGCCACUCGCAAUGGUCAUCAAACAGUGGGCUAAAGCACGCGGCUACUGUGAUCCUUCGGGCAGCCAAGGUCCCAUCUCAGCUUCUUCUUACACACUCAUCCUCCUCCUAAUCGGAUAUCUGCAAGUCAUCAAUCAUCUCCCUAAUCUUCAGGAUCCAGAAUAUAUACAACGCGCGUUUGGUCAUUCAAGCCCUGACAUUAUUUACGUUAAAAAGUCCCCUCAGACUCGACUGAAUAAACCGAAAAAACCCUCAAACCCUCCCAAUACGACUACUACGACGGCUUCUACUACCUAUAAACCGCCAAGCGCACUCGUGGGUAUUAACGCUAGCUUUGUCAAUUCCCCACCCGAGUCAUUCCAUUGGAAUCAAACCUUUUCAACCGCUUCGCUCAAGGAUCGCAAUGCUCUAUGCGAGUUAAUCUCGAAACUUUUGCUUGGGUUUUUCGAAUUUUAUGAUCGAUUUGAUUUUGAAUCGUAUCUGAUUUCGAUCCGAGAUGGCAAACCAUUACGACGGGAGCCGACGGUUGUAAUCGCGCGAAGUCAGUCGAAUUCCGGGGUCCCGCAGUCCCAAGAAGGAGGACGAUACCAGACUGGAGCCAAAGAAGAAGACGAUGAAGAUCGGGCGCGAGAUGUGGAGCGAUUGCUGGCGGGCUUGCAGGAGGAUCUGAGCAACAAGAAGCGAUAUCCAUCGUCGGAUUCGGACGAGGAGGACGAGAUCACUUACAUCCCGUUUGCCUGUCGAGAAGGGCUUCCAGAGGCCGUCCAACGAGAGCUCGACUCGCAAGCGUUGAGGUCUCGGACUGUGUCUCGGGGCCCGGGACAGAAGAUCAACGGAGAAGAUGGGAGCUCGUCGGACUCUACCCGGGUCUCUGCCGACCGCUCCCGCUCACCUUCUCACAAUAACAACCUCCUCAAAUCCAAUGCUCUCAACCUCGACCAUCGGCCCUCGUCGACCCCCCUCACACUGCAUCCUCAACUACCUCUUUCUGUCUCCUCGGACUCCGAACUUCGUCCUUCCUCGGAUUCCGCAUCACUCUCUUCUUCCCUCCCUUCUUCCCUCGAAGGACACCCUCCUCAUCACCAUGCUCAUCCUAAUAAUAGGGAGCCUACUUUACUCCAAUGGCCUCAUCCGAUCGUCGUCGUAGAUCCCUUCUUAUACGAAAGAAAUACGGCUGGGAACAUCAAGAUCCAAGUGCUGGAUGAAAUCAAAGCCGAGUUUUCUCGAGCCCGUCAAAUCCUAGCCAGUGGAGGAUCACUAGACCACUUAUUCCACGCCUGACCUGUCUCGUCUCUGGUUUCUGCAAAUACACACACACCUGUUAUCUUUCUUUUUCUGUCCUGUCCUAAUUGUUCUUUUUUU